AUGAAUAUUAAAGAGAAAAUACAGCAGCUCCUCUGUGAGCCCCUUGAUCAGUUUGGAAGAGGCCACAUCUCAUCCUCUUUUAUGUCAGAUGCCCCUGAUUCACAACACUCUUUUGAAAGAAUCGAAAAGCCCGUCGCCAGUAGUGUUAAGCCUAUCCCAAUAGGAACGGGCCAAUCAAGUAAAAAUAAAGCUGACUUAUUUAAGCAAUCCCGCGCUUCACACAUUUCACAAAACUCACAGGAAGAUUUAAUAACUGCUGUUAACCCACACAAGCCUAUAGAAAAUCCAAAGACAAAAGAUCUUGAUCGAUCAGCUAAUAAACCUAAACCAUCAAGAAUAAUCCCCUGAAGUAGCAAAUCUCAACCUAAAAAAAUUACAGAGAGCUCUAUAGACUCUGUACUAAAAGAAAUUGGGCUUGAAAAAUUUCCUUUCUGGGCUCUAGAAUAUCUGAGCAUAGUUUAUAAGCAAUAA